AUGGCGCCCGAACUAUCCAGCAAUUGGAAAAAACUACAAGCCCAAUUAAAGCAAGAAUCCGCUGCGAAGAGCGAACGAAAACGAAAGGGCAUCCCAACAGAACGACAACAGAACACCAUCGCAAAGCGCAGACGAUUAGAAGGGAAAACACCAACUGCAACUUCCACUUCUACCUCCAAAUCCAUAUCCGCUUCCACGAAAUCCAGAUCCCACGGAAUCCUCAAGAAGAAGCGAAAAAUGGGACUAGGAGCCAGCACAGAAUCCCCUCCCGCCGAACCACCCACCACAAAUCUAGCCUCCUGGGCAGAAGACAACGAUAUAUCCGCACGGGAUCUAGCAGACGCCUACGGCCCGAAUAGAAAUGGAAACCCAACAUCCACCGCUUCCACGACGGUAGACAAGAUAAAUUGCGGAUUAGUAGAAGACGUCGAGAUAGGAAAAUACAUCGCAUUAGACUGCGAGAUGGUCGGUGUAGACGGGCCUCUCGAUCGCUCUGUCCUCGCGCGCAUCUCUAUAGUGAAUUUUCACGGCCAUUUGAUAUACGAUUCCUUCGUCAAACCAGAGGAAUUCGUUACAGACUGGCGGACACCAGUUUCCGGGAUCGCACCGAGGCAUAUAGUUACGGCACGACAAUUCGACGAGGUACAAACCCAGGUUGCGGAGAUCAUGAAGGACCGAAUCAUCGUCGGGCACGCCAUAAAAAAUGACCUCGAUGUUCUCAUGCUCACCCACCCGAAGAAAGACAUUAGGGAUACUAGUAAAUAUCCCGGUUUCAGGAAAUACGCGACAGGUAGGACGCCGAGUUUGAAGAUUCUGGCGGCGGAGAUCCUGGGCUUGGAGAUUCAGAGUGGAGAGCAUAGUAGUAUUGAGGAUGCGAGGGCUGCGAUGUUGCUUAUGAGACGGCAUAAGAGCGGAUUUGAUGUAGAUAAUGCGCAGAGGUUUCCUAGUAUGGCCAAUGGGAGAGCGAGGGCGAAGGGUGGAGGAGGGGGAGGGGGAAAGAAGAAGAAGAAGGGGAAGCGUGGAUGA